AUGGCAGAUAUGCAACAACAACAACAACAACAAACUGGUCCAUAUUCAGAAGUUGACUUUGGUAAAUACUAUGGUAAAAAAGCUGAUGAUGCGAUUAAAGAACUAAAGGAACUUGGUUAUGAUCCAGUCAAAUUUGAUGCACAUAUGCUAAUUCAAGGUCGAGCACUACCUGAAAUUCCAGAUGAAAAAACUCUGCAUAUUUACGUCAAUAGAAGUGACAAUACGGUGCAGCAAAUUAUAAGUAAAGAUUGA